AUGGCAAAAGUGAUCACGCAGGAAACAUUCGAUGAUGUGGUGAAGGAGAACAUAGUGGAAUUUUCUAUGUCCAUCGAGGAAGCUAGAGAGGAAACGAUUAAGCAAUUUGAAGCCCAAGGUAUUCAUCUGGGCAACAUUAUCAAAGACCUUAACGUUAAUCCCGACACUGGUGUGCCUUUGUUGAAUGAGAGCAUAGAAGAACUGAAACGGCUGACCGAAACAAAGGAUGCUGAUCCGCAAAUGGUUUUCCAGCAUCUGGCCGUGAUCACCGAAGAAUGCAAACUGAGCGUUCCACAUCGUGUGUUGGCAGCCAAACUAGGUGCUUAUGAGUUCAUAGUAAAGCGACUGACUAGUGACGAUAAAUUGGAUGAUGAGGCUUUGCAUAAACUACUCACUGCCGCCAACGCAAUCAUCAAUAAGCAACCAGAUGUGUUUAACCACGAAUCGUUGGCCGUUGCUUUGAAAACUUUGAAAGCUGCUCACGACACGAAAGUUGCAUGUGAAGCAAUGAAGUGGCUACAAAAAGCAUGCAUACUUCACGAAAUGAAUCGACAGAUGAUAAUGGAAGAAAACCAAACAAUUCCCUCCAUCAAACCGUUCCUUGCCCGAAGCGAACCGGAUGUGAUCCGUAACACCUGCACACUUUUCCGUUAUUUGAUUCUGGAUGACGACAUACGGGUGGAGUUUGGCAAGGCUCACGAGCACGCCCGUCAGCUUGCGGGCGAAACGCUCACGGAGAUAACGCAAUUGCUUACUAAGUUCAAAUCUGACCCCGACUUAAUCAGCGACUUGAUGUUAACGAUAGCCUCUCUAACGGUGCGUAACGAAUUCUGCCAAACGGUAGAGGAAGCCGGUGGACUUAAGUUCAUUCUUGAUGCGAUGGUUGAGUUUCCCGACUCGAUGAAAAUCAUUCGCGAAGCGUGCAAGUUGCUCAAAGCACUUGCCGGAAAUGACACGGUAAAGCAGCACAUUAUCCAGUGCGGAGCAGCCCCGUUGCUAGAGUCGGCGCUUAACCGCCACAAAGAUAAUGAAACAUUUGCACGUCAUGCGCUAGCGUGUAUUUCGACACUGGCAUUACGGGAGCCCAACAAUAGUAAGGUCCUAUUUGAGACAGGUAUUUCCGAGACAAUUAUUCAAACGAUGAAAAUCCAUCCGAAGAGCAAGAUAAUUCAGCGUAAUGCGGCUUGGGCAGUGCGGAACAUGGUGUCGCGAUCGCGAGAUCAGUGCGAUACGUUCGUGGCACAAGGCAUCGAAGAUGUACUUAAUCAAGCACUGGCCGAUCAUCCCAGCAUCACGCAGGAUGUGAAAUCAGCGCUUAGAGAUUUGGGUUGUAAGGUGCAUCUGAACGAAGAAUGGAAAGCAACAUCGGAGAUUCAGAUAAAAAAUGACUAA